AUGAUGUCCAGCACAGACGCACUGCAGGUGAAGAGUGAAGCGCAUAUGUUUCACCGCCGUAUGCCGGACGACAGCGCUUUCUUAGUGGCGCCAGAUGCAGAGCUGUGUGCGCGGCACCAUGCCUCGCUGGCACAGGUGUGGGCCUGGAGAGCGCGGCUCAGCCAACAGCAGAGCCCCCUUUAUCACAGAACAUCCACAGUCGCCGCACCGUCAGCAAGUGGUCACCCUGAGCCUAAAGACACGACGGAGACAACGCUGGAGGGCGACACACUCCACUCUCCGCAUCGACCCUGCACGGCAGCUGACCUCCUCCGCAGCUGCUGCCGGCCCACUCCUCCCCACCCGCUGGCAAGCAGUGGAAGCGACGCGCAUGGUCGUGUGUCGACAGUGGCGAGUGCCGCUGCGGCGGUCGUGGCGGCUUCAUCCUCGCACCUCUUCCUCCCCACCGGCCUUCGCUCGCUGGACGCGGCGCUGCUGGGUGGGCUGCGACGCGGAUGGGUAACGGAGCUGACGGGGCUCCCCGGCACGGGCAAAACAACGCUCGCAGCCGCGUGGUGCCGCAGCUGCCUCCGUCACGCCAGAUCGUGUGGAGCGACGCAUGACUGUGUUUGGCUGCAGUCCGGCAGCGCCGUCCACUCUGCCGUGCUGGCCAUAGCUCAUGAAGAGCCAGACGCGACUGAGUUGCCGCCCCUGGCCGAUGCCGUGCAUGUCGCCUGCCUCUCAAACCUUGAUGGCCUCCAGCAGCUGCUGGACCGCUGGCAAGGCACAGAAGUCUCUGCGUCUCCGCUCUCCACCGUUGGGCUGAUUGUGCUGGAUAGCAUCACCGACCUCAUGCGGCGUAGCUUCCGCUUCGAAGACGACGACGCGCUGCAGCGGCAUGAAGCACUCGCUACGACACUCCAGUCACUGAAGCGGCUGGCAGAGGAACAGCGAGUGGCAGUCCUCGUCAUCACGCAACAGCAGCGCCAUCCCUGGCCCGCGUUCGGGCAAUCUAGCAUUUCGCACACCAGCCGUGGUGUGUACGAGGCGGACGGCAACGAGGACGAGGGCGACAGCGAGGCGUGGGGCAGCGGGUAUGUCAGACAUGCAAGUGGAGGCUCAGGUGUCGUCGGCCCUCAUGCUUGCCGUGGCGAUUUCAGCUCCGAGGACGUGGGACAGCUUGGUCGGCUUUUCUUCCACAAUGUGAACGUGCGGCUGCAGCUGCGAGCCGGUGUGCGGCCUGCCGGCUGCAGACCCUCCCCGUGCACGCCCUGUGGCGCCGGCGGCCCCGAGGGCGACAGGGAGGCACUGCGGUUCCGGUGGCAACUCGAGGUUUUGAAGUCUCCGCUGUGUGCGCCGUUCGCCGUAGCCCUUCGGCUGAGGGUUCCGACGCCCUUGUCGGGCUCAGAUGGCCCUCCCUGCGUGCCGGGGCUUCCUCUCUGCGUAGAGGAAAUCGAUGGCGAAGACGGGAGUCGUGGGGCCGCGGUGCCGCUGGCGCCGAACACACAAUUCGAAGAAGGGCUGCCUCUGCUGUCCCUGGACCCGUGGGACUACACGGAGGUGCCAUCCUUCUUGUAUCUAUAA